GACUGGCCUGUGGGCAGGAAGUGUGAGGUGCUGGGCCCUGGGGAGCCCCGGGGAGCAGGAUGGUGUGUGUCAUCGUGAUGAGGGGAGCGAGCGGAAGUCGGAAGCACAGCGGCCGCAUUUGUGGGGCAGACGACUGCUCGACAGGAAGUUCUCCCAGGACUGGGGGGCGCAGGGCAGCUCCUCACUUCUGGACCCUUUGGAGGGCAGAGCUGGACUCCCGGUGGCCCCCAAUGGUGGACACAUCCCCUGUCACACCCCGUGGGAUGGUGAACGUGGACACUCCAGAGGCUCCUGUGCGGCUUGAGCUCUGUGCAUGAUGGGCGACAGGAGACUCCCCGACCACCCGCAGCCCGUGGAACUGCUCAACCUCUAUUUGGGAGACAACCUGCAGCCCCACCCAGGAGUGUGCCAGAGGGAGACCCAUGGCCAGCCAGGCCCUCCUGAGCCUUGCGGGGGACACACCUGGGCCUUGGACUCUCCCGAGACCAGCAGGCCUGACGCUCCUGCCAGGGUCUCUGGUGUGGAGCCUGUGCACGUGGGACGCUGCUCCUCCCCAGGAACGCCAGGGGGCAGCUGUCCCACCGGGAGCCCCCGACCGAACCAUAGCUCCUCCACUCAGGUGGUGUUCUGGGCCGGCAUCCUGCAGGCCCAGAUGUGCGUCCUGGACCUGGAAGAGGAGCUGGAGAAGACGGAAGGGCUCAGGGCUGAGCUGAGGUGCUGCGUGCCCUCGUCCUCCCCGGGCCUCCCUGGCGACAGGGACCUGCGGCCCAGCCCAGCAGUGGAGGAGGACUCCGGGGAGGACAGUAGUGGGCCUGAGGGGGAGAGCCAGGCCUGGGCCCUGGAGGGAGCAGCAGACUCCUCCCCAGAGUGGGGUGCUGAGGAGGAGAGCCUGUUCUUCGACAACCCCCUUUUCCUGGAGAGCCCCUGCUCGGACACCAGCGCCUCUGGGGAGUGCUUCUCCUGGGGCUUCUCCGACUCCUGCCUGGAUGUGAGGACGAGGCCCCACAGCCCGCAGGCUCUGGAGCCUCGGCUCCUGGGAGGCACAGGGCCCCAGGAGCUGGGCAGUGAGCCAGACCUGAAGGGCAAUACCGCGGAGUCCAGCGGGUGUGCCACCCCUCCGUUCCCUGUGCCCUCCUACAAGCUACACACCUCCUGCUGGGCCACCCACGGGGCUCCCACAGCACCUGCCGCGCAGGAGGGCGAGACUUCUCUGGAGGACCAGCCCCGUCUGGCCUCACCUGCGGUACCGUAUGAAGAUAGGGCACUGGCCUGGGAGACUGCACACCAUGGAGCUGACCUUAGCCCUGCCACACAUCCUGUGCAGCCUUCGGAGCCACCCACCCCUGAGGCCUGCCAGACAGAAGAGGGUCUUUCCUGGCCCCAGGAGCCUCUUAUCUCCCAGGAUAGAGGUGGAAGGGAUGCCGGGCGUCCCCAGGAACCUGCCCCCUGCAUCCUGGCCCCUGGGCCCUGGGGGAGCCCAGAGUCUGAGCACAGAGGCCUCGGCCCCAGGCCCAGCCCCUCCACCUCCCCGGAGAGCAGCCCACCGUCCCAGCGCCACAGCCCUGGCACUUUCCCCAAGUGGUCACGAGAUGCUCCACACCCUUCUCUUCUGGAGUCGGAUGGGGCAGAGCCGAGUUCCCUGAAGAAAGAGGUGACGGGGAAAGCUCCACACCCAGGGCAGGAGGCACAGAGCGAGGGCCCAGCCAGGACUCCAGAGGCUGCAGGUGCUGAGCCUGGCGAGGACUCCAUUGCUGCGGAGGGGCAUGCUGAGAGCUCUGCGUCCCAAGCGCAGUCCCCAGAGGAAGGCCGGAAAACACUGGCUAGGGACAAACUGGCUAAUGGCCUCCGGACUACGGACAAGACGGCGUGGAACUUGGCCUCACGCCUCUAUCACCUGGAGGGCUUCCGGAAGUCUGAAGUGGCCGUCCACCUGCAGAAGAACGAUGACUUCAGCAGGGCGGUGGCCGAGGAGUACCUGUCCUUCUUCCAGUUUGGAGGCCAGAGCCUGGACCGAGCCCUCCGGGGCUUCCUCCAGGCCCUGGUGCUCAGCGGGGAGACCCAGGAGCGGGAGCGGGUCCUCUACCAGUUCUCCCGGCGCUUCCACCACUGCAACCCUGGGGCCUUCCCCUCAGUAGACUCUGUGCACACCUUGACCUGUGCCAUCAUGCUCCUGAACACGGACCUGCACGGGCAGAACAUUGGGAAGAGCAUGAGCUGCCAGGACUUCGUCACCAACCUGCACGGCCUGCAGGACGGCGGUGACUUCCCCAAGGAGCUGCUGAAGGCUCUCUACUGGUCUAUCCGAAGUGAGAAGCUCGAGUGGGCUGUGGAUGAGGAAGACACAGCCAGACCCGAGAAGGCCCUGCCAUCCCCGCCUGGCAAGACGGGCAGCCCCUUCCUCCAGCUGGCUCAGGAUCCCAUGGCGCCCACCUACAAGCAGGGCAUCCUGGCUCGGAAGAUGCAUCAGGAUGCGGAUGGCAAGAAGACGCCGUGGGGCAAGCGAGGCUGGAAGAUGUUCCACACUCUGCUGCGGGGAAUGGUCCUCUACUUCCUGAAGGGAGAGGACCACUGCCUGGAAGGGGACAGCUUGGUGGGGCACAUGGUGGACGAGCCUGUGGGGGUGCACCACUCUCUGGCCUCGCCCGCCACCCAUUACACCAAGAGGCCCCACGUCUUCCAGCUGCGGACGGCUGACUGGCGCCUCUUCCUCUUCCAGGCACCCACUGCCAAGGAGAUGACCUCCUGGAUCGCACGCAUCAACCUGGCUGCAGCGACGCACUCGGCGCCGCCCUUCCCCGCUGCAGUGGGCUCCCAGCGACGAUUUGUGAGACCCAUCCUGCCUAUGGGCCCUGCUCAGAGCUCCUUGGAGGAGCAGCAUCGAUCCCACGAGAACUGCCUGGAUGCGGCUUCUGACGACCUGCUAGAUCUGCAGAGGAACUUACCUGAGCGGCGGGGCCGCAGCCGGGAGCUGGAGGAGUACCGCCUGCGGAAGGAGUACCUGGAGUACGAGAAAACCCGCUACGAGACAUACGUGCAGCUGCUGGUGGCACGGCUGCGCUGUCCCUCCGGGGACCUGGCCCUGUGGGAAGAGCAGCUGGGGAGGGAAGCUGCAGGCCUGCGGGAGCCAAAGCCCAGCCUGAAGAAAUCCCACUCCAGCCCGUCUCUGCACCAGGAAGAGGCCCCCACCACGGCCAAGGUGAAGCGCAACAUCUCAGAGCGCAGAACCUACCGGAAGAUCAUCCCCAAGCGGACCCGCAAUCAGCUGUGAAGUUGGUGCCACUUCUGACACUGGCCCUGAUCCAGGUGGACCUGAAAUGAACCCACGGAGGAUCUUUAUUUCUCUGGGUUCUUGGUGAGGGAUAGGCCUGCCCACCCUCUGCUGGAGGACCAAGCUCUUCCCCGUGGUCCUUCCCUGGCGCCGCCUGCCUGCUCCCCCCCCCCCCCCCCACCCAGGCCCUCUGCUGUCCCUGCUCCUGACCACUCUCAGGGAAGAGGAAGGUCAGGUGGGGCCUGGGCUCCAAUCCCAGGGACCUAUCCCACCUCCAUCCCCAGAAUCCAGGACAUUUCGUAUCCUGUGCACAUGGGCCUGGGUUUCUGGGAGUGAGCUUGGGGCCAUCCAGCCAGGGAGCCACAGCCCUGAGGACAGGGACCUGCUAGGGGAGGCCCCAGAAGAACAGAGCAAGGACUUUUGGGAGACUUCAGCUCACAGCUCAUGACUCAGGUUACUCAGGCCCUGCCCGCCAAGGGACACCCUUCUGGCAGGGACCUGGACAGGUGUCAAGCACCCAGGGAGGCUGUAAGGCCUCUGUCUCCUGUGGCUCCUCUUCCCAUUAUAAUCACCCAUACACGGGGACACAUGAGAGCUUCCUGUCCACUUGAUGACCAGUGGAGCCUCUGAAGACCUGAGUGGGGCAGGGCCUCAGAGUUCUGCCAAGAGCCCUGGAGUGCUGGGGACAAGGGACCUUUGUCUCCCCAGCGCAGGGAAGAGGGUUCUUCAGGUUCAGUAGAGGGGGAAGUGGUGACAGUCCCCUUGAGGCUCAGCUGAGGAGGGGUGGGGGAGGGAGGCUGGAGUCUGGGGUCCUUGGCCAUCUUGGAGGUUCCUCCCUGCACCUGAUCCUAUGCACCCCUAAAAGCUGCAUUCCUGAUGGCUGCCAGGACCCCCCGUCGGCGCCCAGCCAGUGCCCUGGGGCCUUGCUACCCUCCCCUGGGAAAGCCCCUUGCCGGCCCUGGCAGCCUCCCAGCUGGGGCUGUUCUCUAGGGGAGGUUCCGGGAGACUUGGGGACUUGGGCUUAGCCUGUGGGAAGGAGCUGGCUGGAGGGGCAGCCUCCAUUGUCUCUGUCCAGCCAAGCGUGAGUAGGCUGCCUGCCGCCACCUGCAUGACGCACUGGCACUCCCGCCUUCCUGCUGAGCCACACUCCUCCCUCCUGGCGAGGCUCGUCACCAGCCCUGGGCCUGGGGCUCCAUAAAGUGGGGCCACAUGGGGUCUCUGUCAGGGCCUGGGGCACCCGUUGGGUGUGCAAUAAGUACAGGCCAUCAUGAAGGAAGCGUGCAUGAGUGUGUGCAGAAGGGGGCGGGCAUCAGGGCCACCUGCAGGGUGGGGGCCGAAGCCGUGUGUGUGUGUGUGUGUGUGUGUGUGUGUGUGUGUGGCAUUCCCGUGUAUGAUGGGACCAUAGUUAUGGUUUUCCAAAGUUGAGGGGCCCUAAGAAUCAUUUCUAUCCAUUCCUUCAUUUCUGUCCAUUUCACAGAUACCAUUGGACACUCAAUAUAGGCCAGUACUAGGAGAUCCAAAAAUGAGUUAAACAUGCCCCUGACCCCUUGAGUUGACAAUUCUGCCCGCUGGCUCCCAGCCAUCAGUAUAGACAGAUUCUAUCUUGCUGGAGAAGCUUGAUAGAAAAGCCACAGUCCUGCCUUUCCCCCGGGGUUCCGGCUCAGUCUUCUGCUCAGGGGAAUGGGUACAUGCCUUCAAAGCUACUUAGGUCACUGAGGCAUAGUAGCAGUUAACAGCCACCCGAGAGCCCAGUGUCACUUUUACUAAGGUGGAAACGCGGCAUCAGGUGGACCUGACUUGUCCAGGCCUGGUAUUCUCAGGCUGAGGGAGCUGGGGUGGCUUUUUGACCUCAUUGAACAUGUGUCUUCAUUUCUGACACCAGAAUAAAAGGUGGAGGUCAGUCUGCA